AUGGCCCUACAAAAAAAAGAUCAAGAUAUUGUUAGUGCAAUGAAACUUGUUGAUUUCACAAAGAGGCAAUUGCAAACAAUGAGAGAAUCUAAAUGGAAUUCUUUGAUAGAAGAUGUCUCUUCGUUUUGUGAUAACAAUGGUAUUGCAAUCCCAAAAAUGGAUGAGAAGUAUGCACUUGGAAAGUCGAAGCGUAAAAGCUCAACUGUUACAUAUUCCCAUCAUUUGUAUUUAGAGGUUUUUUAUGCUGCUAUUGAUUUACAACUUUUGGAGCUUAACAGUCGUUUUAGUGAAGUGAAUACUGCUCUGCUUCUUGGUAUGGCUAGUUUGAGUCCCGAUGAUUCUUUUGCGAAUUAUGAUAAAAACAAGAUUAUGAAACUUGCUACAUAUUAUCCAAAUGAGUUCACUGCUUCUAAGCUUGAAGAUCUUAGUUAUGAGCUUGACAACUAUAUUGAAUGUGUGCGAGCAUUGGUUAAAACAAAUAUUCACAAGACAUGGGGACUUGGUUAUUUGCUUGUGAAGCUGAGUUUGAUAUUACCCGUGGCUACUGCAACGGUUGAAAGGGCUUUUUCUUCAAUGAAUUUAUCAAAAAUGAUUUGCGAAGCAGGAUUGGUGAUGACUUUUUGA